CUUCUGUGGCUUUUUUAUGUAGUUUAUGAUAACUAGUGAAGUUUUUAAACCAAGUACUUGAAGACUUUACACAUCAUAAGAAAAAUGAAGUAUAUAUUAGUAUCUGGAGGUGUUAUCAGUGGUAUUGGAAAAGGUAUUAUUGCAAGCAGUAUUGGAACAAUUCUUAAGUCAUGUGGUCUGAGAGUUACAGCAAUAAAAAUCGAUCCAUAUCUUAACAUUGAUGCUGGCACAUUCUCUCCUUAUGAACAUGGUGAAGUGUUUGUACUUGAUGAUGGAGGAGAAGUAGAUUUAGAUCUUGGAAAUUAUGAAAGAUUUUUGAAUGUUAAAUUGCACAGAGAUAAUAAUAUAACAACAGGCAAAAUAUACCAACAAGUAAUCAAUAAAGAAAGAAGAGGUGAUUAUCUCGGUAAAACAGUCCAAGUUGUUCCUCAUGUAACAAAUGCAAUCAUGGAAUGGGUAGAGAAAGUAGCAAAAAUACCAGUCGACAACACAGAGGCAUCUCCUGAAGUUUGUAUCAUUGAGCUUGGUGGGACUGUUGGUGACAUAGAAGGAAUGCCUUUCGUUGAAGCAUUUCGACAAUUUCAAUUUCGAGUAAAACAAGAAAAUUUUUGCAAUAUACAUGUCAGCUUGGUUCCUCAGCCAACUGCAGGAGAACAGAAGUCUAUGCCUACACAGAACAGUGUUCGAGCUUUACGUGGUCUUGGUCUUUCACCCGAUCUUAUUGUGUGCAGAAGUAAAACACCACUGGAAAAGGAAGUUCGAGAAAAGAUUUCUAAUAUCUGUCAUGUAGGGCCAUCACAGGUCAUAGGUGUUCACGAUUUCUCAUGUAUAUAUCACGUUCCACUGUUAUUACAAGAACAAAAUCUAACACAAUAUUUUGCCAAACGAUUGAGUCUGACUAUAAGACCAAGAAAAAGUAUGCUCUAUAAAUGGAGGACACUAGCAGAGAAACACGAUAGAGUGCAUACAUCAUGUACGAUCGCACUUGUUGGUAAAUAUACAAAAUUAGAAGAUGCUUAUGCUUCUGUUAUCAAAGCACUUAGACAUUCUGCAAUUAUGGCAAACAGAAAACUUGAGUUAACGAUUAUUGAAGCUGCUCAUUUAGAAGAGGAGAUGAAAACGAAAAAACCUGUUGAAUUUUAUGAGGCAUGGAAAAAAUUAUGUUGUGCUCAGGGUGUUCUUGUACCUGGUGGUUUUGGGAAUCGUGGUACCGAAGGUAAAAUUGCAGCCGUACAUUGGGCAAGAACUCACAACAAACCAUUCUUGGGUAUCUGUCUCGGAAUGCAAAUGGCAGUUAUUGAAUUUGCUAGGAAUGAACUUGGUUUGAAAGGUGCAAAUUCUACUGAGAAUGCACCAGAUACUGAAAACCCUGUUGUGAUUGACAUGCCGGAACAUACAAAUGGGAAUAUGGGUGGCACAAUGAGAUUAGGAGCAAGGAAAACUAUUUUUAAGACAGAAUGCAUGUUAAAAAAACUUUAUAAAAACAAAGAAUCCAUUGAAGAACGACAUAGACAUCGUUAUGAAGUUAAUCCGUCUUUAACACAUUUAUUCGAAGAGAAGGGAUUCCGGUUUGUAGCUCAAGAUACGGAAGGCGUCAGAAUGGAAGCAAUUGAACUUGAUGAUCAUCCAUUUUUCGUCGGAAUACAAUCUCAUCCUGAAUUUAAAUCGAGACCUCUUGAACCUUCACCCCCGUAUCUAGGAUUCAUACUUGCAUCAUGUGGGAAAUUACCUCAGUAUAUGCAAAGAGGAUGCAGACUUUCUCCAAGGCACGAACAUCUACUCAGCACAGAGGAGGGAGACUCAGACUUAGAAGAAGAACUCUCGAAAAUUGUACUCGAAGGAAAAAACCACUCAGAUUCGAACGAUAGCACUUCCUCCGAGUCGACAAAAGGAAGCAAAUAAUAUGCAUUACAGAGUAACUUUCUAAUAUGUGAUAUACAUUGUUUCUUGAGCUUGCCAAACUUUGUGAAACAAAGUGAAGUUUGAAGGAAAAUUAUAAAUUAAAAGAAUAUUGCAUUUAGGAAAUAAAUUCAAGAUGGAGUAGCAUCUGUAACCGUUGGUGACGGUGUUAGCUUGAUUUAGGAUGUUCUGUUUUUGGUAAUUUUUUCGAUGUAGUUGGUUACUUUUUCUCAGGUUUUUUCUUUUAUUUUGUUGGUUGGAUUUUCUUAAAAUACGUAAAUAAAUUGGUCAAAAUGGAUGUACCAGUUGGUGAAGGAAUUUUAGUGAAAGGCAGUUUUUUUUUUUCAUGCUGUAUCUGAUGAGAUUGGAUGAUAUUGAUUCAGGGCUUAAAUGCAAAAAAAAAUUUUGGUAUGAGUUUGAACCACAUUGUUUUUGAAUCCAAAUUAAUUACACUUUGUACAUAAUGAUGCUAUGUUUUAAUAUUCAUUUUAAGAUUGAGCAGAAUAGUGAAUAAAGAAAAAUCUUUGUGAGGUGUUAUAGAACUAGACCUAUAAAGUCUAGCAAAAUUAAAAUCUUGUUUCAAAUUCCUCAACUCAAGACAAAAAUUACGAUGCAUGUUUCCCGACUCAAGAGAGAGAUUUCAAAUGACUCAAGGUUUGAGAGAAUGGAAAAUUUUGAUGAUAUUGUCUAUCGAAAAUGUUUGUACCAACUAAUUCUUGAUUUCAAGGAAAUUCAGGAUUUCGAAAUCUUCGCUUCAAAAUGUUUUAAAAAUACUAAUACAUCUGAGCCUUUGGCUAGUAUUAUUCAAAUUGAAAGUUCUUAGUUUUGCUUGAGGAAGAUAUAAGCUUUUCACAUGUUCCCUAUGUGUAUAUGUUGGUGUUCUAAUUUUUCAGAUUUGUUCUUGUUAAUAAAUUGUUUAGUGUUAAUUUUGGUCAUAAUGUGUGAACGUUUCCAUCAUGCCAAGAUUACUUCAUAAUAAAUUAAUCCUGCUUUCAAUAUAACUUUAACUUGAAGUUAUAAAGUGAUUAUUUCAAAAGAUACAUACAUACACCAUUGCUUACUUAUAAACUGUCAUUCCCCACUGCUUGAUUUAAUUCUGUCGCUUUUUUAUGUUUUUGUUUGAUCAAUGUUCAUUCCUGCUUGGUCAUCAAUUGAAAUUAUGUGACUCGGCAUUCUUUUCAUUGCUGACGUCAAUUUUUAGAAUGUCAUAUGUUGUUUGGAAACACUGCCAAGAUUGUUUGCUUCAUAUUUGUGAACCAAAUAUUGCCAAAUACUGUUUUUGUUAUGUUUUUUCUUUUUCAAUUUUGGGAUACAAAUUUAUCAAUUUGCUUUAAGUGGUAAGAUAUUUUGCCUCAUAUAAGUAUUACAGGGUAUUCAAAAUAACGGAAACUCAAAUUUUGGUUUUGGUCUUUACUUCUAUGUGUAUUAAUAAUGACUGUGUCCAGAAUCCUGGUUGUUUUUAUGUUCAAAAUAUUUGUCUUUUAACUCAAAGCCUUGUGUGUCUGUACAUUUUUUUGUUGUUGCAUAUUUUGUGGGGUGAUUCUUUUUGACUAAUAAAAAUUGGAACUAUGUA